AUGUCAUUUUUAAUUUUCAGGAAGCUCAACUUGGGACAAAUAAAAGCAACACCAGUUUCACUACAACUGGCAGAUCAAUACUUGAAAAAGCCAAGAGGUACAAUAGAAGAUGUACUUGUCAAAGCGGACAAAUUUGUGUUUCCAGUGGACUUUAUAAUACUUGAUAUGGAAGAACACAGUGAAGUACCAAUAAUUCUUGGAAGAUCAUUUUUAGCAACUGGAAGAGCAUUGAUUGAUGUCCAACAAGGACAACUAAUUUUAUACAAGAAAGCAAUAAGAUGGACUAUUGGAGAUAUAAGAGGAAUCAGUCUUGCUAUUUGCAUGCACAAAAUACCGUUGGAAGAUAAUUCAAAAUCAGUAGUGCAACCACAACAGCGUCUGAAUCCUAAAUUACAAGAAGUGAUCCAAAAGAAGGUAGUUAAACUUUUGGAUGCAGGAAUAAUCUACGCAAUCUCUGACAGUAGUUGGGUAAGUCCAGUACAAGUUGUACCAAAAAGGGGUGAAAUGACAGUUGUGCAAAAUGAAAAUAAUGAGUUUAUUCUAACUCGAAAUGUCACAGGAAUGAGGGUAUGCAUUGACUAUCGUAGACUCAAUAGCGCUACCCAAAAAGAUCAUUUUUCCUUACCAUUUAUUGACCAAAUGUUAGAAAAAGUGGCCGGGCAUAGUUUCUAUUAUUUUCUUGAUGGUGACUCUGGCUACAAUCAAAUACCGAUUGCACCAGAAGAUCAGGAGAAAAUAAUAUUUACUUGCCCUAGUGGGACAUUUGGAUACAGAAGAAUGUCUUUAGUCUAUGCAAUGCCCCUGCCAUAUUUCAAAGAUGCAUGA